GGGUGCUGCUGGGAGCUGCUCUGCCCUGCGGUCCGUGCUGAGCUCCCAGGGGCUCCUCCCAGAAGCUGACAGCAGCCCUGUAACCGGGAGCGUAUGAUGUCAGCUCUCUUCUCAUCCCUGCAACUUCUGACAUCUGUAAACUUAGCAAGGAACUUCUUCGGGAAGAAGAGCUCCCUGUGCUGAAUGAUCCUCCUGUUGAAGCUCAGAGCUGAGCUGUAGCCAGAACCACCCUUUUCCUGUAGCCCAAGCCCAUGGUUUCCACUCGCUGGCUCCAGCUGCUGCUGCAGCUCCCAAAUUCUGCGAGGUCUGUGGGUCCUUAUUGCUACAGCAUCCCUGCGGGGCCGUUUGUCCCGGUGCUGCUGCUGGGGGUGGGCAGUGAUACCGGGCCGUGUCCGUGCUGGAGCAGGACGCCCUGUCCUUGCCGUGCGGGGCCAUGGGAGGGAUGCCCUCCUCCCGUACAUAGAUGUGUUUAUCUAGUGGUGAAACCUCUUGUGAGGGCUUCCAGCCUGGUGAGCACCCUGCGUGAAUGCUUCACGGUCAGAGGGUCCUAAAAAAGCCCUCCGCAGAGCUGCUUGGGGACACGUUGCCUCUCGUUUGUCCCCUCGCUCCCUGUGUCUGGCAGUCAGGACAUCAGAUUUACAGCUGUGGCUGCACCACGCCGGGAUCAUCUUCCCCACAGGGAGCUGCUGGGGGGGCCGGAGCUGCUCAGCCCCACGGUGACGUGGCUGCUCGGGGCCGCCCAUCGCCCGGUUCCUCCUGGCUGCUGCCAGCUCUGCCCCUUCGCCUCUUUCAGCAGCUCAGGCCACGUCUUGUGCAAGGAAAUGCUCGCCCUUCGCUGACAAGAGGAAGUUGGAUGGUUUGCUCUUGAGUAAUGAGUAACCAGCCUCUCCCAGCCCGCUUCUGAACAGUGUGACUGCUGGAGCAACGACCUUGUUUUUGGUUGGCAGGCAGGAGGGAGGAGAAGUGGGAUGUAGGUCAGUCUGGUGGUGCAGCCUCUGCCGUGCCCCCCCCGGUCAGUGUCACCCUGGCUCUCCUCACCUGCCCUGCCCCGGCUGUGCUGCCCCUGCCCCGUGUGGGGCUCUGGGUGCGGUCUGACCUUUGCAGCAGGUUUGCAUGCUGGGGAUUGAUAGCAGUUGUGUCAUGCAGUGGUGUAACCUGCGGGCAUUGCCCUGCCCUGAACUCCGGUGUUAGAGCCAGAAAGCCCCGAGGGUGUGUGCAUGGGGUGCAGAGGUGGAUGUUGCUUUGGUGCAGGCUUGUGGCUGAAGGGAUGGGGAUCAUUUGGGGGAACAGCUGCUGCCAAGGCAGGACGAGAUGCCAGCAGCUUGCUCACCUGCUGCCCAGGAUCAUCAAAACCGUGGUCAAGUCCUUCAAGUAUUUCUUCGGCCUGAGGUUUGAGGUGAAAGGACUGGAGAACUUUGAGGUGGAGGGCCCUGCCAUCAUUGUGUCCAACCACCAGAGCAUCCUCGACAUGAUGGGGCUGAUGGAGGUCCUGCCCGACGGCUGUGUCCAGGUGGGCAAGAAGGAGCUGAUGUACGCCGGCACGGUGGGGCUCAUCACAUACCUCGGGGGUGUCAUCUUCAUCAACAGGAAGAGCACCACCAGUGCCAAGAUGGUGAUGGCGGAGGUGGCCAAGACUAUGACAGCUGAUAAAGUGAAGGUGUGGGUGUACCCGGAGGGCACGAGGAACUGCACGGGGGAUUUGCUGCCGUUCAAGAAAGGAGCAUUUCACCUCGCUGUCCAGGCACAGGUCCCGGUGAUCCCCGUGGUGUAUUCCUCCUUCACCACUUUCUACAACCCAAAGAAGAAUCUGUUUACGUCAGGCAAAAUCAAGGUGGAGGUUCUCCCUCCGAUAGAAACCAAAGGGCUGACAUCAGAUGACGUCUCUGACCUCACUGACAGAUGCUACAACCUCAUGAGGGAGACCCUCUUCAGGCUGUCGGGCCGCCCAGGCGAGGGGAAGGACUCCUCCUAGGUGCUGCUCCAGCGGCGUCACCGCGUGGCGGUGGCCGAAGGGACCCCUCUGCUGCCAAACACCGAAGGAACAUCUCUUCCUCUGCAGUGACUUGGAACUCUGGGGAUGCCAUGGACUGGCACACGAGGCGUGUUGAGCCAGCAGCGAGGCUUCCCGUUGAGUGGAUUUCUCUUAAGGGUUCAUUAUCUUGCAAUGAAACGUCUCUUUUUCUUCUGUAUUUCUCAGGCACCAAAUAUGUGCUACCAAAGGGCUCAAUGACCGGAGAGGUGAGUUCUCCAGCUCAGGCAGCUGCCGUGGGGCAGUGAGGAGGUCCUGGCAGGAGGCUGGGCUCUGCCCCAUGUGAGUGUUCCUGCUGACUGUUAGGUGCUGCCCCAGAUGGAAAGCCAGCAGGCAGCAGUGUGUUCCUGCACGACCUUGAUGCUGAGAAUUGGGUGAAAAUCCAAACUCUGGCUGUCCAGCAGCAUGGCACUGAGCUCAGUGCUGUGCUUCUGCCAGCAUCCCCAGGCAGAGCAGAGCACUGAGGCUUUUUCCUGAGAGAUGCCCUUGGAUCUCAGCAGCAUCUGGUGCUGGGGCUCUGCACUGCCCAGGCAUUCUCCAGGCAAGCCUUCCCCCUUUGACGAAGCUCCUAGGGCCAGUAACUGAGCUGAAAAAGGGAAUGUGUGGGGUCAGUCAGCCUUGAGCCUUUCCUAAGGCUCAGCUUCUCCUCGUUAGAACAAGCCCUCUCCCCCAUUGAGGGGUGCAGCAGUGCAUAGGGAGGCUGUCGUCUCACCGAGGCAGUUCAUGCUGCCUGGGUGGGUUUGGCUGCGCUGUUUGUUAGACCUCCUUGCAGCAGUCAUCCUGGUGCAUGGGGUACUUGGUGCAGAUGCAAAGGGCUCUGUCACGCUCAUCUUGUCAUGGUCAGCACUGGCCGAAAGAUGGUGCCUGUCCCAUGUCUUUGUGCUGAUCUCAGUGGAGCUGCUGCUCUGCCGGAGCUGCAAAACUUGUGGGGAGCCUACAGGGUGUGUGAGCUGAGUCUGUAAUGGGAAGAGCUUCAGCUUUUCCCCCUAGGGAAAAUGGGCUCCAUCCCUGUUAGAGAGGUUUGGAUAAAGGGCUUUCCCAGCUCUGGGGUGGCAGAUGGGCAGUGCUCCUGGAUCCCUUGCUGUUGCUCUCUGUGAAGAGCGGGGCUGGCUCAGGUCUGUGAUUCCUGGGCUCAGGGAGGCUUGAGCACUCUUGCUAAUGCAGCAGGGAGCACCACGAGAUGAGCCUGAGUACAGCACAGCCAAGCUUCUGGAGCCUGCCUGUGGCUGCGCUGCUCUAAGUGGACUCACAGGGCAUUUUGAGGGGUAAAUCCUCACCUGGGCAAGGCACAGCCAGCAGACCCCAAGGCAGGGAGCCCUUGGGCUGAGUUGCUGUGGAGCUGGAGCUUUAUCCUAGGGUCUUUAUGGUACAGUCUCAGGGGUCAGCCCUGCCAAGGGAAUGGGUCGGGGUGGGAGGAUAGAAACCCAACCAGCACUUUGUAAGAGUGGCAGAAAAAUGGCUGUUAUGGAGGUGAAACCCAGGAAGAUCACAGGAGUGCUCUAUGGAGCAACUCAUGCAGCACCUGGGAGAAAGAAGCAGUGCCUCUGUGUGCAGUUGUCUACUGUUCAGUUUUAAUUGGGUCGAGAAUAAUGUAUUUUGCUUAAAAAGAAAAAAAAGUCUUUGAUUAUUUAAA